UAUCAUGCAUAUUGACUGAUAGUGUCAAAUCUAUAAAUUUAUAAUAAUAAAAUCAUGUAAUAUCAUGUAUUUUCGAAGAAGAGCAUUUUUAUCAUUUCUGUGUUGACUUUCAUCAACCAUCAAUAAUCUUGAUGACGCCAUCACAAAAAAUGACAGUGAAUAAGGAUCUAGAAUAUGAACGAAACAAAUGUACAUUUCAACCUAUUGAAUUAACGUAUUUCUUCGAUGGCAGUCCAGAGAAAACAAUAGAACGUCGUGAACGAGAAAAGUAUUUUUUAAGUGAUCCAGAAUUACAAAAUAAUAUACCAGUAAAAUAUAAAAGUCAUAAAGAGAUAUAUGAAGAUGCUGUACGAAAAGUAUGUAGGGUUUUAUACAAACUUAGAAAAUUGCAAGAAACAGGAAAAGCGGGUAUGGAUGAUUUCACUCAUAUUUUUGGAGCUAAACUUGGAUCUGCAAUAUUAAAAGAUGGAAAUCCAUUAGUAUUGCAUUAUGCCAUGUUUUUACCAUCUAUUAUGGGACAAGGAACUAUAAAACAACAAGAAUAUUGGAUAACUAGAUCUUGGAAUGGUGAUGUUAUAGGAACAUAUGCUCAAACUGAAUUAGGUCAUGGAACAUUUAUCAGAGGUUUAGAAACUACAGCGAUAUACGAUUCCAAAACAAAAGAAUUCAUUUUGAAUAGUCCUACUUUGACGUCUUAUAAAUGGUGGCCAGGAGGAUUGGGACAUACUGCAAAUCAUGCAAUAGUUGUUGCACAAUUAUACACACAAGGGGAAUGUAAAGGUAUUCAUCCCUUCAUUGUACAAUUAAGAGAUGUGAAUACACAUCAACCUUUACCAGGUAUUAAAAUUGGAGAAAUUGGUACAAAAUUGGGAAUGAAUGGUACUAAUAAUGGUUUUCUUGGAUUCAAAAAUUUCAGAAUACCACGAGAGAAUAUGUUGAUGAAGAAUUCUAAGGUUUUAGAAGAUGGAACAUAUGUAAAAGCAUUGAAUGAUAAAUUAACAUAUGGUACAAUGGUAUUCGUUCGAGUAGUGUUAGUAUAUGAUAUCGUAACUUAUUUAUCAAAAGCUGUUACUAUUUCGGUUCGAUAUAGUGCAGUGAGACGUCAGGGUCAAAUAAAUUCGGAAAAACCUGAGGUACAAAUCCUUGAUUAUGUAACCCAACAAUACAAAAUUUUUCCUCAUCUUGCUACAUGUUUUGCAUUUAAAAUAACUGCUAAUUGGAUAUGGGACAUGUACAAUGUUAUCAAUGUUGAAAUGGAUCAUGGAGAAUUGGAUAGGUUACCAGAGUUACAUGCUUUGUCAUGUUGCUUAAAAGCAGUUGCAUCUGCAGAUGCAGCAGCUGGAGUAGAACAAGUUCGAUUAUCUUGUGGUGGACAUGGAUAUAUGGAUGCUAGUAAUCUUCCAGCAACUUAUGGUUUAGUGACAGCUAUCUGUACCUAUGAAGGAGAAAAUACGGUCUUACUUUUACAAACAGCUAGAUAUUUAGUAAAAGUAUGGAAACAAGCUGUUAAUGGUCAAAAAUUACCAGUUACUGUACAAUAUCUUUCAAAUGCAGCAAAAAAAAUACAACAACGCCCUUGGAGCAAUAAUUUGGAUUAUAUUGCUGAAGCAUAUCAUAUGGUAGCAGCAGGAAUUAUACGUAUAGCAACGGAAAAUAUGGAUCGUAGAAUACAUAAUGGCAUUUCUGCGGAAGAUGCCUGGAAUCAAACUAGUAUCGAAUUAGCUUAUUGUGCAGAGGCACACUGUCGAGCUUUCAUUGUAAAAACAUUCGUUGAAGGUGUUAAAGAAAUAAGUUCGAUUAGUGAUCAAUUAAAACAAGUAUUAUUUCAACUUUGUGAAUUAUAUGUCAUAUAUUGGGUAUUACAAAAACGUGGCGAUUUUCUUCAAUUUUGUUCUAUGAAGCAAAAUGAUGUCCAGAUACUUCAAUCACGUUUAGAAGAAUUAUUGAUGACAAUCCGUCCAAAUGCUGUGGGUAUUGUUGAUGGUUUUGAUAUCUGUGAUGAAAUUCUUAAUUCAGCUUUAGGCGCUUAUGAUGGUAAUGUUUAUGAACGAUUGUACGCUGAAGCCAUGAAAAGUCCUCUAAAUCAUGAAAGCGUGAACGAAUCUUUUGAAAAAUAUUUGAAACCAUUUCUUAAAAGCAAUUUGUAAAAUGUUUUUUUUUUAUAUUUUAAUU